GCUCAGCUCUCUCUUACUGGUUCACAAGCCAACAGUGUAGAGUUUGCGCAGCUCAGCAAGCCGCUCAACGCAGCCAGCCGAGCUGCACUUGAGAUUUUUUUUUUCUGUCGAAAAGUAACAUCCAUGAAGAAAUCCAGUACCACCGUUUUACUCAUACUUGGAACCAUCAUGUGAUUUGAAUUUUUUCUAUUUUUCACCUGAUAAAGCAGCAAGCAAGCAGGCGGAGCUUGUGAAAAGCAGUCAAUUGUGUGACAAGUUGAAGUUUCUGCAACUGCAAUGGACCUGGCUUUACUUCUGAUAAUUUCCUCCUGUUUAGGUUUGUCAGCAUGUUUCUCCGUGGAGGAGCAGUCACGUCACCUCUCCUUAGAGAAAACCUACGGCCGCUUGGUUAAGGACUCCCACAUGUGCCACCACAUGUUGAAGCACCUUCACGACGGGGCCCGCAUCACCGUGCAGAUGCCCCCAAACGUGGAGGGUCACUGGGUGUCCACCAGCUGUGAGGUGCGACCAGGUCCGGAGUUCCUGACACGCUUCUACCGCUUCUACGACAACAACACCUUCGAAGCGCACCAGUUCUACUAUGAAGACAAUCACUGCACCAAGCCCACCUACACCCUGCUGGCUCGGGGACGCCUGCGCCUGCGCCAGGCCUCCUGGAUCAUACGGGGCGGCACUGAGGCAGAGUACUACCUCCACCGGGUCCAGAUCACUUGCCAUGGGGCCGGAGUGGCCAAGGAGCUGAGCCAGAGGCUGAACCAGAGCUGCAAGGGAGCCGUGAGGGGCGCCUGGGAACCCAACGUGCCCUACGAGCUGUGGAGCGAGGAGGGCGGCUAUAACUGCUCCAGGGAGCUCAACUUUGCCAUGCAUGAGCUGCAGCUGCUGCGGGUGGAGAAACAGUACACGCACCACAACCCGGACCACUUGGUGGAGGAGCUUUUCUUAGGGGACGUCCACACAGACCCCAUGCAGAGGCUGUAUUACAAGCCCUCCAGCUACCAGACGCCCCUGCAGAACGUCAAGAACCACGCACACGGUUGCAUCGCCUGCCGCAUCAUCUACCGCUCGGACGAGUUUCAUCCACCCAUCCUGCCUCCACGUGCUGACCUGGCGGUGGGUUUGUACGGCCAGUGGGUGAGCCAGCGGUGUGAAGUGCGCCCGGAGGUGCUCUUCCUCACCCGCCACUUCCUGUUCCACGACAACAACCACACGUGGGAAGGCUACUACUACCACUUCUCCGAUCCCGUAUGCAAGCACCCCACCUUCACCAUCUACGCCCGGGGACGCUACUCCCGCGGCCUGCACUCCACGCGCGUCAUGGGUGGCACCGACUUUGUCUUCAAAGUGAAUCACAUGAGAGUGACGCCCAUGGACUUCGCCACCACAUCGCUUCUCAACGUGUUCAGUGGCAACGAGUGCGGUGCCGAGCGGUCGUGGCAGCUGGGCGUGGAGCAGGACGUGACCGCCACCAACGGCUGCGUGGCCCUGGGCAUCCGCCUUCCCCACACAGAGUACGAGUUGUUCCGCAUGGAGCGUGACGCCAACGGACACUAUCUGCUCUUCAACGGCCAGCGGCCCAGCGACGGCUCCAGCCCGGACUACCCGGACAAGCGGGCGACAUCCUACCAGCUUCCCCUUGUGCGCUGCGCCGCCAGCAGCCAGGCGCCGGGACUCGACCUUGACGGAAACGACACACCGCUGAGGCUCAGAAAUGGCGGCGAGGGCCACAACCGGGCCAUUGUUGUAACAGCGUUUGUUGCGAUCAUUGUCAAAGCAUUGUCGCUUUAGGCCCACAAUAGAGAAAAGCAAUAAGUCGCCUAAGGAGGUCAUUAUUGAACCUCAAAGUGGAACAAUCAAGUAAAUUGUGCCGAAUGAGCCAAAAUGGCUUCCAAGGGAGCGUGCAUUGUUGGCUGAAGGAGGAGAAGAGCCAGGAACCAUAGACUUGUCCCUACAAAAAACUGCACUUUAGGCGGAAAGAGCCAAAGAUGGACUCUGAUGUAUACAUGAUGUGAUAUGUACAUCCCCCAUAGUUGUUUAGAUAAGGGGCAGGGAGCCAUUUUCCUAUGAGGGAGGGAUCAUAUACUCUACUCACAAGAGUGUGCUUAUGUACAUGCCUGAGCGGGAAUAUAAAUUUCCCAAUCAUUGUGGCGCGAUACCACACAGCCCACAGACCACCAGCGGUUUAGCUUGAGUGGGCCAAUCAUUGCUCACGUGCGACGUUGCCCACCCUUGGUUUCACUCUCCAUAAAGAUGCUUUUUUGGUAUUGUAAAGAAAGACUAAAGUCACGUUUCAAUGUGGAGUCAUAAAAACAUGAUUCCAAUUGCACUUACUGUAACAUAUCUUAUCAAGACAGCAGGGUAAUGGAAAUAAUGUAACGAGAUGGUGUGGUUUUGAUUAAUGGAGUCAUUCAACGAUUAUCCAUUAAAUGGGAUUUUAAUUUCAUUUUCAGGUAACGAUCAAUAACAGCUGACCUGUUUUUGGGUUUAGUCAUGUGACCUUCGCAAGCUGAGCAGUUAUGCGCUGUUAUGCUCUUUUUGGGCUGCCCCAAGAUGGCUAAAAACGAGUGGAUUUUGCUGCCUAAUGGAUAUUCAACCAACGCAAUUCAAUCUAAAUACUGUUUAGACUAGUGGGUCCACAUAUUAAUGUUACAGAAGCAGGGACCAGUUUAAUGUAGUGUGCCUUUCACCAAUGACAAAGCAGCCAUGUGUCUUGAACACCUGCACAAAAGACAACCACACUCAUAACGCAUCUGACAAUGGAUGAGGAUCUGGGGAGUAGGUGGCAAAAUUUCGACAAACAGCUUGAUUUCAUGUGUGUACUUGGUUUUACAAUUAAGGAGAGGAGAAUAAUGUAGAGAGAACUACACUCUACAUUAUGUAGUUCUCCGAAUUUUAACUGAAUGUCCCGCGUGUUAGGAAUAUUUUGUCCAACAGAUGGCGGCAAACAUCGCGGCUUGACACGCCAGAAGUCACACAAAACUCGAGUCCAAACCCUGAGGAUAUUUUGUGAAUGUUGAAGGUGAUGCAUCAAGUCUGUAUUGCUUUUUCUUAGGCUUUUUUGUGAUGUCACCAGGUGCAGGUGACCUCAAGGAGGAACAAGUGUUAGUAACAAAAAGAUUAUUUGGUUGUUAGAACGUGGGAAAGUGUCCAACUGCUCUGUAUAAUAAAGCAGCACAAUAAUUAUGCAUACAAAA